AUGACAUCCUCAAGACGGUUUCUGACAAAUACUCUAUUGGACAAUGGCAAAGUGCUUCUGGCAGGCGGCCUUGGCAGAGCCGGAGCCACCACCUCGGCAGAGCUGUACACGCCAUCUGAGAUUAUGGGCAUUGAGGACCCCCAUUUGGAGGUUACUUUGGCUGAGACGCAGGGUCGACCGCUGUCCUUCGACUUCCACGGGGAGGCCGGCAGGACGUACUGCAUGAUCUCAGACAGCUGUCUUCAGCUGAACGUCCUCAUGUUUGGCGUCCCCGCCGGCAGCCGGAUUCUCAAGGAUACCAGAGACAAUUCUGUGGAACCCUUCUUCGACGGGACGUGGAUGUCCGGGUUUGGUAUUCUAUAUCUCGACCAGUCUGGAGAGCAGAAGAGCAUCACCAUUAGGCUGGACCCUGCGCGAGCGCCUCCGGCGAGGCAGGCGACGAAGCGGACCUCAGGCCAGGUCGGGGAAAAGCAGACGAACUUUGUCAUCUUCAGAAUAUUUGACGUGCAUCGAGGCCCUCGCGACCGUUGGCAUUCUGCACAGGAUUUGGAGUCUGCCCCCUCCGGUUGGAUCAGGCCCGACGGCAUGGCCACAAUCAGCCGCCUGGCUGGACGACCGAACGCUCUCGCCGUUUCCAUUUCGGACAUCCUGCUUCUGGAGGUGGCGUCCGACUCAAGGAAGGACCUCAUAGCAGAUCCGCCGAUUCAUUACCUCAACUUCGAAGUCAAACGGCUGGCGACAUGGACAGACGUGCACGGAUUCCUGGGGCAGAUGUUCGCCCCGGGCGCAGCUACCGAGCGCCUGGCCAUGGGCACUCUCGAGGGCCUCCUCCACCGGGAGUACUUGGAGAGCACGGAUGACGAUUACCUCACGUCAGACUUGAGCACAGCAGACUGCGCCUUCAACCGGUUUGGCGAGGUAUCCGACGGCAUGAUGAUCGUCGAGCAGAGCGCUACGAGCAUCUUGAAAGGAGACUCGUAAUCUGACUCCCCUGCCGAUGAUAUGUAAUAAGGGUGUACCGCAAGUCUGCAUAUGGUUUGAAGGCUUUCACUGCAUGCAUUGCGCGGUGCCGAUGACUGCAGUGCAGACACCCAAAGAGCUGCUUCAGCCCAAAGCCGCCGACCUUCAGGCUGCAGAAAAGUUGAUUUACGCAUCAAAUCUCGCAGUUUUUUCAAUGUUGUGGUUGAGCCAGCGGUAGACUCCAGGAGAAUUGGUAAGUUUAGCACACACAGGCUGUACGACAUUCGCCCCAUCGUCGCCUAAACGGUAGCGGAUCGACUACCACUCUAUUCCAUGGGAGAACGUCAGGGAAAAGCCUUCCACAAUAGGAGAUUAUAGCUCAUUGCGUAGACCUUAGUCGAUUAGCAAAUUGAAGCAAACGCAUACGGUUGCCGGCCGAUGUCACGGUGGCAUGGGUGCCUAAGUUUCCC